GUGUGUUCUAUCUACAUGAAGGACUGUCGUAUGUAUCUAGGUCUGUGGGCCAAUAUUUCAUGUCAUAUUGGUAAAAAAAAUGACAUGGAAUUUACAGGAGAGAUGGAAGUAAAUGAAAGUCGUGGCCUACAACUAUCUCCACGAAGUACUGUUAUUAUCAUAACUACUGUUGUUACUCCACUACCACUCACAGAGGAGUGUGUACCAGUGGGUCAGCUUCUGAUUACCAUCACCAGUUCUGCCGUGACUGUCACAGCGAUACUACUGUUGCUGACUCAGUCGCCUCGCUCUCAACUCAUCGUCCUGGUACAAUUGCUGAACAACCAAAAUGAACAUGAAUUACUGUCGCCUCCUCUGUUCAUCUGCUGUAUGUGUACGAGGCUCCUCGUUGGUUUAGCGCUUGGCUGCACCAGCAGCGUUGCUUUCAGGAGUAUGUCUGAAAUCAGCUCGCCUCUGUCCGCCCGCACUCCCUCACCCGCAAGGUCUCUCUCCCCGGAUAUACCUCCAACCAGAGCACAAUACCUGCGUGCCGGAGCCACCGAGUUUUCGGACACCUCGGAGGAUGAGGCCGAACUACGAGCCCUCUCAGACUCCUCCUACGAAGGUUCACCGUGCACCUCACCGGCUCCUCCGAGGAUCGUAGAUUACGUUCCCAAGAAGGUUCAGUUCUACCAGGUGGAAGCACAAGAUGAGGGAGAGGAGGCUGGCGGCGGUCAUCGUCACCAGGGACCCACAAUUGUGGUCUCAGACCCAGACACUACGGAGGCGCUGCUGGGGUCCAGGCCUGUGUCAGGAGGGUCACCAGAGGCACCAGAGGGCAAAGUUGGUACUCUCAAAAUGGCCUCUCAGAGACCCAAGUCGCCCCGACCCAACACUCCUCGCAAAGAUGAGGCCAAUGAGUCCUUCUGGGACAAAAUAGGGACUCUGGGUCGCAAGAAGAAGAUCAAAGAAGUUCAAGAGGUACAGGUUGAGGGCAAACAUGCGAUUGAUUCCCCCGGGUCACCCAUGUCAGUGGAUGUUCCUCCAGAUGAUUACAAUUUAGAUGACAAUGAGGAGAGAUCUAUGAUAGAACCAAGGUCAUACGAAGACCCAAAACUGAAGGAGCUAAUCGAAAUCCUUAUAGAGUGGAUCAAUGAUGUGUUGGCACCAGAACGUAUCAUUGUGAAACAUAUUGAAGAAGACCUUUAUGAUGGAAUGGUAUUUCAUAAGUUGAUUGAACAGCUGACAAAUAAAACCCUAAAUGUACAGGAAGUCACCCAAAGUGAGGCUGGACAAAAGCAGAAGUUACAGACUGUUAUUAAUUCUGCUAACCAUAUCCUUGGGCUAAGUCGAUAUGGACCUCAUAAGUGGUCUGUAGAAUCCAUACACUCAAAAAAUGUUGUGGCAAUCCUGCAUUUGCUAGUGGCAUUGGCCCGUCAUUUUAGGGCACCUAUAAGAAUGCCAGAGAAAUGUGUUAUUGAUGUCGUCAUAGUGCAGAAACGCGAUGGACAGCUAAAUCACCGUAUUGUAAGUGAAGAGCUGACUGGCACCUACGUUGACCUGGGCUUGAGGUGCGAACGAGAUGCUUUCGACACAUUGUUCGACCAUGCACCAGACAAACUGCAAGUUGUCAAGAGAUCUCUCUUGACAUUCGUAAAUAAGCAGUUGAACAAGAUAAACUUAGAGGUGGGAGAUUUAGAAGCAGAGUUCAGUGAUGGAGUUUAUUUGUGCCUGUUGAUGGGACUUUUAGAAGGUUACUUUGUGCCUCUUCAUCAUUUCUUCCUCACACCUAAGACUUUUGAUGAGAAAUUGCACAAUGUAACUCAGUCAUUUGAGCUGAUGAUGGAUGCUGGACUAGGUAAACCCAAGGCGAGGCCAGAAGAUAUUGUAAAUGCUGAUCUCAAGUCAACUCUCAGAGUUUUGUACAACCUCUUCACUCGCUAUAAGAACACACACUAAGCAUCAUACAGUACCCUAACACAAAAUAUGAAACUGGACAACUGCCUUCUUCAGUAUGAAGUACUUACAAAAGGCUUCAAGCAAGGACAAAAUUUCUAGUACCUCAAUACAAAACAGAAGUGAAAGCAAGUCAGGUACAGGCAUUGCAUAUGAUAGUCAUGCACAAAAACUCUUUUUAAGUGCCUCAAGAAUAGACUGUUAGUGCCUCAGGGUUUUGUGUGUGAACUUUCGAAGACUUCUUUAAUACAGUAUUCUACAUCUGAACUGAACAGUUCUAUCAGAGGAAGUCCUUAAUGUGCCAAAAAUAAUCUCGUCAUAUCAAAUCCUCCGGUACGUCACAAUUGUAUGCAAAUUAAGAUUAAAGUACCAGUAAUAAAUAUGUUAUCCAUUUUGUUAGAGACAAUUAUAUAUCAAAUAUACCAUCAAUUAGUUUUAAUUUUAUUUAUUAUUUUUUCUUAUAGAAUUUGCAUUAAAUGCUACUUAAGUGUUUGUAAGAGUUAUAAUGCUGAAGAGAAAUAAUCAAUCAAGGAGGCAAUAAAUUUUCUUGUGCAUAUUGUUUAAUAUUUAUACACAUUACAUUUGUUGUUUAUUUCUUUAGUGCAGCGAGUUAAUACGUAUGUCUUGCAGGCACUUUCAUAACAUGAGAAACCCAUUGCAUCAUCAAUGUGAUUUCAAUUAUUCCAUAUGAUAGCACAGUAUUUUAUUAGAACUGGAGGAGUUUAAUGUUUAAAGGUUAGCAUUCAUCAUUCAAGAAGUCACUCUGAUGUACAAAGUGGCAAUACAUCCUCUUUUAUUCAAAUAAGAAGUUUUGAAUGUUUUAAAAUUAAAUAUAUAGUCUCCUUAACAUAAAAUAUAUUUUUAAAGAUUAUGUAGUCUUGUUUCUAAUAUUGCAUAUAAGUGCCUCACAGAUAACUGCAUGCCAAUUUUUUUUUUUAUCCCUAUGUUUGCUUUUAUUACAUUACAUUACCAAAUUUAUAAAGAGAAACUUUCGUUUUUCUUUUUGGGCCACCCUGCUUCGGUGGGAUACGGUCAGUGCAUUGAAAGAAGAAGAUUUUGGCAAUAUUUUUCUGUGCCACCUUGAGGUCCAAUAAUCCCAUAAAAAUACACAUUGAUCCUUGGUCACAGUCUUAAUAUACUACAAGAAUUAUUUCCACUUAGUCAGUUCUGGACUCUUGUCUUCUUGCCAAAUGUCAUAGUUAAAUUAUCAUAGGGUGGAAUUCUACUAGGCAAGUCUAGAUCCUGUUGUUUAAACUAGCUAGCAUCCAGACAAGCCCGAACCACCUUUUCUUGUCUUGUGCCUCGCCAUUUCCACACGUGCACAUGCCUCUUGUAUAAUAGGACUAGUGAUAUUUCAUCUUUUUAAGUGCCAUAAGAGUGCAGUGUUUCACAGCCAGAUAGAUUUGGUCUAGUCUAUACAUGGACAUUAUUUAUGUAUAGAUUAGUCUAUGCUAGAUAGUGGCUACUGUAUUUUUUACCAUUAAUUCCUAAUCACGUCAUGUGUAUUAUCUCAUGUUCCAUCUUUAAAUGAACAGCAAGAUGCCCAUUGCCUCCAAUAUUUUGUCUUCUGUCAGGACCUUCACGAUCCUUCUACAUACAGGAUGGUGGUGGACAUUAGUAGAGGUCCAUUAUUUGCUUGCCACCCCUGUUUACUCCAUCCCUUUUCCUUGCAUAUUCACUCUGGUGUUGUCAGGUUUGCAGCAGUGUUCCUGGACAGUGUUGUGCAAGAUCAUUUAUUAGACUCGGCUUGCAUUUUUGCAGCAAUUCUCAUAGCGGAUAUACGUAUUGCAUCCAGGUCUACCUCAGCGUGUGGUAGUUUCAGACUCCUCUUGUGCUUUACAGACUAUUAAAACACUUAAUUCACCUCACCCCAUAGUUCUUCAUAUACAACUUGGUUGCACUGCAUUUUUAGCAAAAAUCAAAGAAAUCAUUUUCUGUUGGGUCCCUGGUCAUGUGGCUGUUCAGGGCAAUGAGCAGGCUUUCUCUGCUGUGCAGUCAACAGUUCAUGUCCUCCAUGUUUCAUAUAGGGGUAUUUCAUUCUCAGACUAUUUUGCUGUAAUCUCUAACUACCUUCACAACCAUUGGCAACAACAUUGGUGUAAGUUGAUUCAUAACAAAUUAUUUUCUGUCAAGCCAUGUUUAGGAUUCUGGUCUUAUUAUUAUCAAUGUCGUGGUUGGGAUACUAUGCUUUCCUGUCUUCGCAUCAGGCACACGCGUCUCACCCAUGGGUAUCUCAUGGAGAAGGCGCCCAGUAUUACUCUUGAGAAUUGUCAGGUUCCAAUUUUAGUUUGCCAUAUUCUGUUAGACUGUUCUGUUUAUCAUUGGGUAUGCAGAAUGUAACUCUGACAUCAUCACCACUCUAACACCCUUACUUAAUCUUUCCUCCUUGCUGACAGCCCCACCUAUGACCCAGACUCCCUCUUUGACUUUUUGACAGCAACAAAUUUAUUAAUAGUACAAACUUUGAUUAUACUUCCUUUAGCACUCCUCACUGCUCUUACUAACUCUACCUUGUUGUACUCUCCACCCUCGCUAGUCUCUGAUCAAUCACAUUAAACCUUUAGCAUGCCCUACCCUGCAGUGCUGUAUGACCCUUGUAGGUUUAGUGCUUAGUUAUGAUUAUAGUGAUAAUGUGCAUUAUCUCAGUAUUUUAAUGUAUUUCAUAAAAUGUUAAACCUGUGUUUUUAUUCACUGGUAGGAAAGAUGGAGGUUCUAUUGUCUGUUUUUUAAUUAUGGUCUGAUCUCUGACCAUUCCUUCAAUAGAUCUGAGGAGGAGGAGGAGGAGGGAGAUGGGAAAGACUGAAUUAUUAAAGUGGUACAGUAUUUUAGCAAAUGAGCAAAGUGUAUUCUUAUGGGGUCAUCAGACCCAGUGUGGCAAAGAUAAGCUCUUUCAUAUGUGUAAGUAUGUAAUAAGAAAAUUGCAGAAUUGGGUUCUAGUAAUUACAAGCAAUAAUAGUUGACAAGUGAAGACUGUUAGUGAAGGAGGGCUAAUACUUUGCUCUCUGUAUUGAAAGCUUUAAUGAAAAGUGUGUUCAAAGCAGGGAAACGUAGUUUCUUGUAACCCACUUUUUUAACACUGUUCCUUGUAUAUCAAAUACAAUAUAAAGCAGAGGUUAUAUUUUAUAAUUGUUUUAUGUUAUUAAUAUUGACAUUUUAUGUGCUAAUGUAAUUUUUAUCACAAAGACUGUAUUUAUUGGUCAUGAUGCAGUUUUGGCUAUUUAUAUAUUUUAAGAAGUGUAAAUAAACUAUAUACAAUAAGUGGCCUUUGUGAUAAAGCUUUAUAACUCUUGAAUGUUAGUUCAUGUGCCUAAACAAGCUUGUGUAAUCUGUAGUUCUGUUUGUAGUUAAUAAGUGUACAUGCAUUUGUUCAAAUAAUUUAAUGGUGUAAUUUGAAAGUAUUUUUUUUUUUUUUUAAGCUUUAAAUGGCUUUUAUGAAGUUCAAGAAUUUAAUAACUUUUUACAUUAAUACAGAUUUGCUGAAUCAAAUCGAGAAAUAUUAAUUCUUAUAGAAGCACCUCAUAUAAAAACUGAAAUGCAAAUGUUAAUAUUUUUGGAAAAAAUUAUAUUUAUUAUUUUCAAGAAAGAUUAGUUGAACAUCUUUGUGUAAAUCUUAUUCACUUCAGGAUGCUAUAAAAUAUAGUUUUUUUAUAUAAUUGUGUAUAGCCAGCUAAAUGGUUGUAAAAAAAAAGGAGUCUUUCCAAGCCAUCAUUUGUUUGAAUCUUUAUUGUUCCAUUACAUUAUUAGCUUAUGGAACAAACUGCAUUAUAAAAAUUACUUUUUUUGAAAAAAUAUUCACCUCUGGUGCAUGGAAUAGAAGGUAGUGAAAAUUGAGGAAACUAAUAAUAUUGUACUGUAUCAGCUCUUUAUGCAAAUUAAACUGUAAAUAUAGUCUACAAAUUUAAGAGGGGUUGCAUUCCUAGAGGUCCCAUGAAACUUAAGACUACGAAUAAUGCAAAAUUGUCUGCAUAACAAAUUUUGUUCAGAUUUUUUUCAGAGACUUAUUUCUCAAUAGAUCACACUAUUUAGCACUGAGCUAAGUUCAGUGUUAUAUGGCUAGUUUUCAUUUUAGGGUUUUCACACCAACCCUGAAAAAAAUUGGCACUGCCAAAGAGCCUGUGAAAAAUCAAAGCUAUUCGUGAAUUGCGUGUCAAUAACGUGCAUAAUUGAAACCUGCCACAUUUGUAGAAAAUUGUAUAGCAAUUGGUACAGCUAUAAUAAAGGAAUGGACUUGCUAAAUACAUCAGAUAUUACUGUACUGUUUAAGUUUUGAUCAAUCAUCAACUAACAACUUGGAUUUGUAAUACACAUGCUUGCUUAUCGGAUACCAAUUAUACAUUUACAGAUUGAAUGUGUAAGGCUCGUAUGCUUACACAAGGUUCUGUAUAAAGUAAUUCCUGCAAACUGUUAACUUGAAUCUCGUGUCUGUCCGGUGGGCUUUACAGUACAUGACAAGUUUUCUAUGCAUUACCAGUGGUCGAUUUGAAAAAAAAAAAAAAUUCAUACCACAUUUAGAUAAAUAUUGAGCUGAAAUUUUUCUUAGCUUAUUUUACUAUAAAUGAAACAAAUAAUGUGCCACUUGUUAAAUUACCUUCACUGGUUUAUGGAUUCAAGAUCAUUACUACUAUAAACUUAGUCCACUGAAGUAGAGAGAGAGAAUGAAACUAUUAUGACAGUUAUUAAGGAAACUUCUCACCCUUGAGUGGCUUUCUCUGUCCAAUACAGAGUUUACUGAGAACAGGAUUAAAAUAGUGGAGGUAGGUCAGGUCAGGUUAGGUUAUGGCAAGACAGUACCUUGAGAUAGUUUUAUCUUUGCAAGUACACCAGCACUGCUGAUCCCCUGAAUGUUAUGUAAAUUGGAUAUUGCUAUGAUGACUUCUAAACAAUACCACAUCUAGGUUAUUCUCUAUUAUUGACAAAUUAUCUUCAUCCCACUUAAUGGGAUGGCCCAUGAAGUAUCACAUGCAUUGCUCUAAUUGUUACGGCUACAUAGUUGCUUAUGUUCCUUAAUUUAUUUGAGAGUUCUUGAUUUCUCACUGUGUGUAUACUUCAUUUCACCCUUUCCCUUCCACAAGGAUUGUCUUGACUGUUCUGGGUUUCCUCUGUUUUGAGCAAUUCCUUAAUGGCAGCUUGUUGCUGCAUUGAGGUUGUUAUUGGCUAGUUGCUUUGGAGAUGUUGCUGGCAAAAUUGCUGACCAGGAGAACAUCACAUCUAGUGGCUGCUUUCUCCUAUUUAGUAUGUCAGUGAUGUGGAGGGUUCGCUUUUUAUAGUCUAAAGUGAGGUAUGAUGGGAAAUGUAGGCAGCUGAAUAUUUGUGUAAUGUAGACAUACUGAGUAACUGGGCUGACAAUAUUGUGCUCUCAAAAGAGGCCACCAGAUCUGUUAUCCUUUUGCUAAACAACAUAGCCAGCAACAUCUCUAGAGCACUAGCUAAUAACCUCAAUGUAGCAAUAAGCUCCAUCACCAUCGUUAAGGACUUUAUCAAAAUGAGGCUAACCAGAACAGCUGAGACUGGAGUUGACGUAUGCAGAAUCCCUUGGAGAAUGUGUGAUAAGGUACACUUAAGUGAGACAUCUAAGAAUCUGAAAGUGAAUUUAGGAUGAUUGUGUGUGUAGCUGUGGCAGCAAUGCAUGUGUGACACCAUAGCAUACACAGGAGGCAUCUUGUGAAACAGGAUGAAACUAGUCUUUUAAUAAAAGAGGACACCUUGCUGUGGCAGCCGUGAUAGUAGUACAGUAUUAACACAAGUCGUACAAAACUCAGAGAUUGAGCAUCUCUGGUGUAUUCACAAAGAUGAGAUUUAUCUCAGGACAUUGCAAUCAGGUAUCUUCACCUCUCCCUAUGCACCACAGACUGCCAUCAUGCAUCAUGUAAUAUGACCUCCCUUCACUACUUUAAUGCUGUUUUCAAUAAACUCUGUAAAGGACUGACAAAUCUCCUAGUGGGUAAAAUGUUUCUUUAAUGAAUGUUCUAAGUAUUGCAUGUGUGUCUGCACUCCAGUCUGUCAGUACUGGUAUACCCAGUACUUUAAUUACCAUUAGUCCAGCCAUAUAGGUAAGUAACUGUGUUAGUAUUUAUUGGUACUGUAUAAAAAGAAAAUUGUGCAGGCUGUCUGAAGGUUAAAUGUAAUGUGCUUAAUUUUAAAGGUGUUUAUAGUAUACUCAAAUGACUUAAUAAGUCUCACAAGUGAAAGACUGAGAAACGAACAAAUAACGUUGUACACGACAGAACGAGCGAGUGGACAGAGUCCAAGAAUUAAUUUUGAAUGAAACUAUUUUAACCCCUAAACUGGGUAUAUAUAGAAUUACCUUUGCAUCCAUGUGUGAGCUUCUUUUGUUUUUUAUGUUUUUUCUUAUAGUGCAUGCAAAAUUGAUAAAAUAAUUGUAUAAAAAUAAUGAGAAGAUGCUGUUGUACGAUGUGUUGAAAUGCACCUUAUCAGCUGUUUUAUGUAUUUUGGUUUAGCAGUUACCUUGAUUAUAGCAAAUAACAAAAAAAAGGCACAAUACCGUGACUGGAAUGAUGCACAAAUAACCUGCAUAUAGAAGAGAGGAGCUUACGGCGACGUUUUGGUCCAACUUGGACCAUUUACAGUCAUAUUGACUUUGUAAAUGGUCCAAGUCGGACCGAAAUGUCGUCAUAAGCUCCUCUCUUCUAUGUGCAGGUUAUCUGUGUAAUGUUACCUUGAUUAUAAUAAUAUACACUUGCAAUGAAUAGGUUUAGCACUUGUUUUUGGAUAUGGUAAAUGUAAAAAAUAAUAAUAAUAUACACAGCAUAUUCAUUGUUUUUCCACAGGCACUAUAAUUUAGCAUCUCCACACACUGUAUAUGUUUGUUAUAAUUUUGUGUUUGAUCUGUGAAACGGUUAAAAUUAAAACAUAAUUAUGGUACCUGCCAGUCGUUUAACAUGAAUCUGAUAAGUUUACAGACAUUACAUUUACAUUUACUUUCUUAUUAAAACAUAUUUUGUAUAUAAACAAUAUAUUAGUCAGUGCUCUCUAGAAUACUUAUUGAUAUGCAAAGAAUGCACUGGUAGUCUUGCAGCAUAAAUCUGAUUGACAUUCAUUUAUUUCAAUUUUUUUUUUUUCUAGCCUGGCUAUUUCAUACCAAGAUUUAGCACUUAGUUAUGGCUGUAAUAAUUCCCACCAAGGCAGGGUGAGCCAAAGAACAAAAGAUAAUCACCAUCAUUUGUUCAAUACCUGUCUUGCCAUUAUUACUGUUUUUACAUGCCAGUCGUCUUCCAUUUAGGUAGUGACCCAAAAAAAAAAAAAAAAACUCGGUAUCACUCACUCUAUCACUGACUUGCCAGUGGCCAUUACAAUUUAAAU